AUGAUCGUAGUACAUGUGUCAAUGAGAGAUGGUGCUGCGGCGCAAACUUCUUCAAGUAACGUGCAUAAUGCUGAUCUUGCCUUUCAGCUUCUCGUUUCAAUGUGGGAGUUUAUUCAAAUCGGCAAGAAUAAUGAGAGAGACGGCCCUGAAUGUUGCGGUUUCUUCAAUGAACAAAGCCGAGAGGCAAAGAAUAAAAACCAUUACAAACUUAUUACACGGGGAACUCGUCCCAACAUGUACAAACGCUUGUGCAUUUCUCGUGAUGCCUCAUCUUGUCGUGACUGUGAAAGUUGUCUGUGCUCUUCUUGCAAUGGUUCCAAUAGUCACCCCACUGUAUAUGGAGAAGUUCCUGGAAGCAGCAUCUUGUAUUCCGUUUGUGCGACCGAACUUUGUAUGAUAUCGAUUUCCCUCUUUACAUUCACACGUUCAUCUAAGGAGAACUUCCUCCCUCCAGUGCGUGAGGAACGUCUUGUGGAUUCCGAUGCCAUCCGAUUCUUACCAAAUAAUAAAAGACCGAGUUUGUUCAAGGGCAAAGUAUUCUAUGUUCUUACCCAUGCCCAUUUCUCCGAGCUGUCACCUAUUGUCCGUUUAGGUGGUGGGAAGGUUAUACUGCUGGACUCAUCGGAGGCUUUCGUACAACAUUACGAGGAACAGUUGGGUACUUGUGGAAAUGUGGAACGCGACUUGCAACAAGUGCUUCGACGCGAAGGAUCUUGUGUUAUCCACGCACAGAACGUGCCGGGUUUGGAAGACUGGCAACGUACCGUCUAUUCAGCUUUGCGCGGUAUUCGGCGCCGGCCCAUUUUAGAGUCAGAACUCGGAUUCGCUGUGUUGUAUAUUUCAACAAAUGGCUACUGCAACCCGGAAACUAAGUGCCCUGAAAAACUGUACCAGGAAGCAGGCGUUUCACAGGCUCUUUCAGUUAACCCAUUUCACCUAGACUCGCAGGCCGAUGGUUCAGUGCUUACGGAACGUUCACUGAACCCCAAAACGGCUCCCUUUCGGUCCUCUCUGAAACGGUCCCGGCCGUUAUCUGAUCUCACUGAAUCAAACCUGGGUGACAAAAAAGUUUCCAGAACUGCUGAGAUGAUCUCAUCAGAAACCUCAGGGGCGAGCUCAAAGCGACCACGAAAGUGCACAAACAUUGUCCCACCAUGUGAGAUCCCCUGCAUACCAAAAUCCAAAUGUUUGGUGGCUGACUCUGAGACCUUGUUUCAUUCGCCUGGCAACAUUGAAAAACGCCACCCUCUAUCGACGUGUUCGGAGCAAUCAAACAUGAGUGAUCAUACUACAAUUCAGUCCAAGAAUAUGGUGAAACCUACCGAACUCAUGAAGGAGAACAUAGCACCAUUGUUUCGGGCGACAGAGAACAACGUUCCAGGGGAGUUAGUCUCACAUACUUCUCUUCGCCAUCAAACUGAGAACUUCGUUGACGAACAGGAUGCUCUGGCUGCACUCAACAGUAUGCCUUCACUUUUUCCCUUGCAAAUUUCUCGGGAAAGCGUAGCUCCCACGCGCGUGCUGAAAGACCUUUCACCCUCAAAUAAGGCGGACCUUUCUAACCCAGAUAGAUCAACUGUCUCUGUGGGCUCACAACCAGCAAUCUGUACUCAAGCGGAAUUGCGCAAACUGCAGCUGUCCUCUACUUCGUCUCCGAAUUCUGUCACACAACAACAAACCUCUAGUCCGGUGAAAGCCACUCAUCCUCCUCCAUCCGUCGGCUUAGCUGGAUGGCUAUCCAAAAAUACGCCAAUGACACCGACUGACAGCGAUAAUGUGACGGAGCCGGUAGUUCCAACUCAUCCUCCAAUCGAGCUGAUGGACUUGAUCGUCCCUACUUCGAUUCGCGCAAGAAGAGUCGUGAAGGAUCGGCUUGAAGUUGGUCCCAACUACAAGACAUUUAAAAAGGUUUGGCCCGUAUAUAUGGGUGAAUCUCCAGUGGCCGUCCAAACGAAACGUUCAAAUGGGCAUUUUGCAACGGCGAGAGUAGAUCUAACUCCCUUCGUACCAGAUUGCCCUAGGCCUGCCGAUGUACCAAACGAAGAGCCCGCUUGUAUGUCAGAACAGGAAGAACGGGCCCGGAUCGACAGACUGUUUCAAACUGACGUAUUCCAAUCAGCUAAGCAAUGUACCCAUGCACACUUUUCCAAAGAUUUAAUAUAA